AACGCUAAAAGAAUUUACGCUACUCUAAUUCAUGCCAAGAUAAAUAACGACGGAUUCAAGGAACAAGGCAUUACAUUUCCAUCAAGCAAAAUGCAAGAACGUUUAUUUCAAGAAUUUUACAAGGAAUGCAGCAUAUCGCCGUCAUGUGUUACUUACCUAGAAGCCCAUAGUACCGGUACGCGGGCUGGCGACACAGAAGAAGUUAAAGCAAUCGACAAAGUUUUUUGCAAAGAUAAAAGUACUCCUCUACUAAUUGGCUCUAUCAAAUCCAAUUUGGGUCAUACUGAGGGCGCUAGUGGUCUAUGCCACAUUGCCAAGGUGGUGAUAGCAAUGGAAACCGGCGUGAUUCCAGCACAUAUAAAUUUGACGCAAGAACGGAAUGAUAUUGAAGCUUUCAAAAAGGGAACCAUACGGGUAGUUACAGCCUCGACGUUAUGGGAGCCUAGUUUGGCGGGAGUAAAUUCUUUUGGCUUUGGCGGAACCAAUGCUCAUGUUCUUCUCGCCCCCAAUAUAAAGAAAAAAAUCAACGGUGGCGCGCCGAAAGAUGAUUUACCAAGACUCGUUGUUCUCUCUGGUCGCACUGAACAAGCAGUGGAGUCAUUUUUGCACGAAAUUGAAAGUCAACCGGUAGACGUUGAGUAUAUUCGGCUAUUGCACGAUCUCUACGCCGACGAAAUGCUAGGUCAUUCUUAUAGAGGGUAUACGAUUGUCGAAUCUCAAACAUUGAACAAUGUAAUACAUGAAAUAGAGCAUUAUCCAAAAGUAAGAAAACCGAUCUGUUAUGUGUUUUCCGGUAUUGGAUCUCAAUGGAUUGGCAUGGGAAAAUCACUGAUGCAAUUUCCAAUAUUUUUGAAAACUAUAGAAAAAUGUGAUACAAUUUUAAAAUCGUAUGGAAUACAUAUCAACAACAUUUUAACGAGUAAACAGGAAACUACCUUUGAUAGCAUAUUGAAUUCAGUGGUGGGAAUCUCCGUGAUACAGCUUGGUUUAAUCGAUCUCUUAAUGUCGGUAAAUAUCAUGCCACAUUAUGUGAUUGGUCAUUCAAUCGGUGAACUCUGUUGUGGGUAUGUAACGGGUGACUUCACUUUUGAACAAGUGAUUUUGUCAGCAUAUUACAUAGGACGAGCGUUGAGUGAAUUUAAGAUAGUUCAAUGCAGUACGGUGAACAUUGGUCUUGGUUAUGAAAGCGUAGAGGCUGUAUGUCCAGAAGAUAUUGAAGUAAUCUGCAGGAAUAGCCCGAAAUCUUGCUACAUUAGCGGACCCACGGAGUCAAUAAAAGCAUUCACCACGAAAUUACAGGACAGUGAAAUCUUUACAAAAGAAGUUGCCUGUAACAACAUUCCUCUCCAUAGUUCUUAUCUUGCUAUUGCAACAAAAAAGAUCUUGGCUUACUUGUGCCAAAUAAUACCGCAAAAGAUGAUACGCAGCCAGGUAUGGCGCAGACUGCUUCGCGACACAGAAUUAUCUUACGCAGAAUACUUUACGAAUAGUCUAAUAACACCCGUAUUUUUUGAGAAUGUCGCAACAAUGAUUCCGGAGAAUGUAGUUUUAGUGGAAAUUGCGCCGGAUGGAAUUCUGCAGAGUGUCUUGAAAGAAAUGUUCGAUACAGUAAGUAUCACGUUAGUUCAACGCGAUCACGAAGACAACGUUCAAAUAUUUCUGCAAGGUGUCGGCAAAAUGUACAACUGUGGCUUACAGCCGCAAUUAGCCAACCUAUAUCCGACUGUAGAAUUUCCGGUCAGUCGUGGUACGCCGAUGAUUUCCCCCUCGAUUAAGUGGAAACAUUCCGAAGAUUGGCAUGUAGACUACUUUUUCCUUGUGAAAAAAAUCAAUUCUGGAGAAAGAAUAGUCAACAUCUCAUUGGAAGACGAAGAUUAUCAAUAUAUGAGUGGUCACGUAAUCGAUGGAAAGAAUUUGAUACCAGCUACGGGAUAUCUUUUCUUCAUAUGGGAAACAAUUGGGAUGUUAUGGGGAUACCCAUAUUAUAAUAUACCUAUCGUAUUUAAGGACGUCAAAUUUAUACAAGCGGCCCACAUUCCCAGCAAGGGAAGUAUACAAUUAACUUUAAUGGUGCAGAAAGCGACUGGGACGUUUGAAGUAAUAGAAAAGGGUACCGCUAUCGUUACUGGCCGAGUAUGCGUACCAUCAGACCCAAUCAAGGAAAGAGUACCGGAUCAUUACUUGCAAAAAGAUCACGACGAAAUGGAAGUGAUGAAAACGAAAGAUAUCUAUAAAGAACUGAAAUUACGAGGAUAUCAAUUCUCUGGCCUCUUCCGAGGACUAAGGAGUUCAUCCGCUACAGGCAUACAAGGACAUAUAGCAUGGGUGAAUAACUGGGUAACUUUCAUGGAUAAUAUGUUGCAAAUGCAGGUCCUCUGUAUGGACACAAGAAGCCUUUACGUUGGUACUGGUAUACAAAAGUUAUUGAUCGAUCCGAGAUUUCACGCGCAACACAUACAAAACACAACAACCGAAGAAAAACAACUCGCUGUGCGUGUAUACAAACAUUUGGGUAUGAUAGUAUCCGGUGGUGUACAGAUUAGUGGCAUUUCUCACACCCUUAUAUCUCGUCGGAAACCAAUUGUACGUCCUAUUCUUGAAGAGCACAGAUUCAUAGCUCACCGUGACGGUGCUAUGGUUUCACUUGAGGAGGGUGCAACCCUAUCGAUGCACCUAAUAUUAGAAUAUCACCAAAUAACGCAAGUCAAUAUAAUCGAGUUAAUCGAAGACGAUGAUAAAAUCUCAACAAAGAACUUACUGUCUCCGAUGUUUGUUAAAAUCUUGUGUAAUUAUCCGUCCCAUCAAUCCAAUGUUAACCUGAUAAUGAGAACUAACAACCUUGAUCGCGUUACACUUCCGCCAGAAAUAAUAGUAUCAGAGGCAAAAAAACUGUCAAAGGAAGACAAUGCGAUAUUAAUCACAGGUUGUAACUUACUAACGAGAAGCAAACGGGAAACGUUGACAGAAAUCUUGCAGGCAUUAAAAUCCAACGGGUUUUUGUUAACACGGGGACAUUCGCUCACGGAAAAUGAUAUUACGAAUGCCAAAAGAUACAAUCUGGCGGUAGUACUCGAGAAAAACGUAGGGGACGAACACAUUACGCUUUUGAAGAAAAUAACUCGGUCAAUAAAUAAAACUGAGGUUGUAUUUGUAAAUAAUUACGAAUUCUCUUGGCUCGACCAGCUCAAAAUUACUCUGAGAGCCAACAAUGAAUUGACUAACACGACAAGAAUAAUUAUAGUCGGACAAGGGGAUGCAGAAUGCGGCUUAUUAGGUCUCAUUAACUGUUUGAAGAAAGAACCAAGCGGUGAAUUAAUUAGGGGAAUGUUCAUUCAGGACGAAAACGCAUCGAAAUUUUCACUUCAAGAUCCCUUCUACGCUGAACAACUUCAAUUAGAUCUCGUUACAAAUGUUUUACGCCCCGGAAAAUUAUGGGGAUCGUACAGACAUCUUCCAUUAACGCCUUUGAAGCCCCGGCUCGUACACCACGCUUUCAUCAAUCAAAUGGUAUAAAAAAUUAUCGAAUAUCGAUAUAAGUAAUUAUAUCCUUCCUUUAAUAAAAGAUAAUA